GUUAUAUGGCUUUUUAUGAAGGUUGUUUUUGGUCGAGUUGAAUUUUAUUCCGACACUAAAAGGGCAGUAGAAAAAGACUUUUAUAAUGGUGAAGAAUCGUGUUAUAUACAUGGUGACAGGUCGUAUCUUUUGGAAAUAUUUCUGAAUAAAGACAUUGAUGUUAAGAUAAUAGGUAGCGGUGAAAUGGAAUCAAUCCUACACGCUUGUCAUUUGCAAAAUAUGAACACAUCUGCUGAAAGUCAUGCACAGGCCGUUAUUAGAAAGAAAAGAGCCUUUACUUUUCCAGGAACUAAAUGGUGUGGUGCUGGUUCGACUGCUACUAAUUAUGAUGACCUUGGUGAACAUGUGGAGACUGAUAAAUGCUGCAGAGAACACGACCAUUGUCAGAUCUCCAUCCCUCCAUUGACGAGGAAAUAUGGCUUAUAUAACACUGCAUUUUGGUACUCGAAUCAUUGUUCUUGCGAUGAUACGAUGUACGAUUGUUUAAAAAAUGCAAACGAGGAAUCGGCAGCCAGUGUGGGGAAAAUGUAUUUUAAUGUACUGGGAAUUGAUUGUAUUGAAGAAACUGGUGAAACCUUCCAGAAAUGUGUCCAAGGAGGGUGGUGGUGGCGCAAAUGUGACAAGUAUGAAACUGUGGUUCAAAUGAGAUGGAGGGAUCCUACAGAGUUUUAAAAUCACACAGCAAAGCGAGAAUACCAUAUAAUCAUAUAAUAUACACAUGGAACAGCCAUAAUUUUUUAUAAUACAUGUACUUAUGUAAAUUUAUUACAUUGAGAUAAUAAUAUAAUGUUUAAAAUGUUUUUAAUGAAUGAUUCGUUGACCAAUUAUAUUAAUAUUAGACUUAUUAUUCUUUAUCCAUGUACAUAAGGCCUGUUCAUUGUCUACAAACCUGUUGUAGAGUUUACAGUUAACUACGUCAAUGGCCCAGACUGCCGGGUGUGGGGAAUUCCAAAUGUUCAGGCUGUAGGUCUCAUGCUAACUCAAUUUGUGGCGGAUUUCACCACCCCAUCUUUAAAAAGUUGGUUAAUUUGCCAUAAUUAUGGCAUAUCAUGCAAUUUGGUAAUGUUCGUUACAAUUUCAUUUAUCCAAUAAAUGCCAUUUUCUGGU